AUGGCCACUCACGGACGAGGUCGAGCACGGACACAAGAAAUUAGGAAUGAGCAACCAGCUGACAAUCAUGCCGAGUUCAUGGCGGCGAUGACGAAUCUGGCGAAAACCAUGGAAGCGAAUGCUGCUGCGACUCUGCAAGUGGUGUAUAGGUUAGCCCAACUGGCCGGUAGCGGAAACGAACAUGGAGAGAGUGCUAAGGGCAACUUGAGAGGUGUUCCGAGAACUCUAGCUUCUUUUCGGAAAGCUGACCCACCAGUUUUCACUGGUUCAACAAACCAUACUGAAGCAAACAACUGGUUCCAAGCUGUGGAGCGUGCAUUGCUAACUCAACAUGUACCGUAUGACCAGUUUGUAGAGCAUGCGGCUUAUCAACUAGUGGGAGAAGCUCAGCAAUGGUGGCAAGGAGAGAGUCGACUACUACACCAACGGAACAUGAGCAUUACCUGGGUGUUAUUCAAGGAAGCCUUCUACAAGAAGUACUUUUUUGAGUCGAUAAAGGAGGCCAGAGAGUUGGAGUUCUUACAGCUGAAGCAAGGGUCCAUGACUAUAGCUGAAUACACCAGGAAGUUUGAGGAACUUUGUAAGUUCUCAAGGAUAAGUAAGGGUUCCCCUGAGUCCUAUGAAGGCUGGAAAUACGUUAAAUAUGAAGUAGGGUUGAGGGAAGAUAUCAGGCAUGCUGUGCCUCCAUUGGAGACUAGGAGAUUCUCUGAAUUGGUGGACAAUGUGAGGGUUGUUGAAGAAUACGCAAAGAUGGUAGCGUCGUCAAGGGACACUCAUGGAGGACACACUAGUAGGGAACACGAUGAUUACUUCGGACCAAGGGGACAGAACUUCAAGAAAGAUGGACAUACUCCUCAGUAUCUGCAAGGUCAAGGAAACUGCAGAAGGGACAACAAAGCCCAGUUUCAUCAGGCGAAAGGAACUGGUCGAUGCUAUGCAUGUGGGAAACCUGGACAUAUAUCUAAGUAUUGUUGCCGCAUGAGGAACCGAGAUGAGGGUUAG